CAGAAGGCAAGCGUAGCUAACGUUAAUGUUAUAGCUACCUUUUAACCAAAGUGAACUAGCUAUUUGACCGUAUGGCAGCCCAGUUUAUUGCUAUGUGAUCUUAUCAGACCCCGCCCCGUCUUCUUGUUUUGGAAACACCCUUUUAUUUAUCUUGGACACAACAUAGGAACAACUAUUACAGAGACUGCGGAUGUUGUGUUCCAAAGUGACCUUUUACUGUAACUUAUUUUGCUGACGUUAGUUAGCUAAUGCAUAACCAGCGUGGGUGGGGUAUGGUUAGACUGAACAAGGAAAGGAAGUGAAGGCAGGUACCCCAUGCGCGGGGAACGAUGUACUGAAGAGGAACCUGGUGCUGGUGGAGAGAGUGGGGCUCAGUCGAGGACUGCCUCCUGAGGCCAUCUCCAUCAUGUUGGACUACGCUAUGAGCUUACGUAUGGGAGGUGUGACGUGUGUUCGGGUCCUGAAGUUUCUAAUCCCCGCAACCGUGGUGCCACAGGAGGCUGUUGUUCGAGCAGUGUCGUGGUUAUGUGUCGGCAAGAUGGCAAUCAGCACACAGGUUCUUUUCCUUCGGUGGGUGCUGACUGUUUUCGACUUGAUCGACUCCAAGGACCAUCUUCGAGCCAUCUAUGGCUUCAUCUUCAGCUUUGUGACUGAGGAGAAUUUGUCUCCUUACAUCUGCCAUUUGCUUUACCUUUUGACAAGGAGAGAAAGUGUUCAGCCAUUCAGAGUCAGAAAACUGUUAGACCUCCAAACUAAAAUGGGCAGGCAGCCGUUCCUGUUGCACUUGCUGUCAUUGUACAAAGUGUUUUACCCCGAGUUGGUGACGCUUGCUCUUCCAUCACGAAUGAGGAGUGGGUUUAAGACCUACAAUUCCACGUGGAAGGUGGCGCUCUGUGCUGUCCAGAAGAGGAACAACGGCCAGGUGUCCUCUGACAUCAGCCUGUCCCUCAGGCUCAAAGACGAGACCAACUCCAGAAAGAGGAAAUUUCAUCACCUGGAGUUACCGUCGUUGAGCUCGUCUAUCCAGAGCAACUCCUCUUCCAGCAGAAGCAGGAAGGUGUUCUCUCUGGAGCAGCUCCACUCCUUUCCACAGCUGCUGGACAACCUCCACUGCAUAGAGCUCCCAUCCCAGAUGGGUUCUCUGCUGGGCUCCAGUCUGGCCCUCUGUUACCUGGACUACGUACAGGAUGACUCUGCCUUCCUCCGACUCAACUUCUGGCUGGGCAACGCCCUCCAUGAGGAGUUUCUAUACUGCAGAAGGGACGGGAGCUCUGGGAGUUCGUCCGAGGCACUCCACUUCCUCAACAGGUUGCUCUCCACACAGCACUUCCUCCAGGAGGGCUUCUCCAGCACAGAGGGCUUCCUCUACAAGUUCCUGAACGUUUGGGAUGGUUCACUCCUCCGCCCCCAGAUCCUAGGCUUGCUGAGUGACAUCCCUGUGGUCCCCAGUUCCUGUAUCAGCCAACUUCUGUUUGAGCCCCUCAUGCAGCUAUUCUUCACCUCCACGCUCUUCUUCAAGUGCAGUGUGAUAGAUUGUCUGAACAACAUGCUGUUGAAGUGGCUGACCUGGCACUCUGUGUAUUCCCUGGAGGAUGGCCUGGACAUCAGUCUAAACAGCCACACACCCAUGAACAUGACUCUGUCUGGAUUCAUGGAUUCUGUCAUGGAGCUGGUGCGUUUCGUGGGCCGCCUGGCCACAGUGGGGCUGCAGCUAGAGGGCUGCCACUCCCUGCUCCUCAGCUUCAUCCUGGACUUCUACGAGACGGUGUGUGACAUGUUCCUGAAGUAUGGGCUCCCCCUCGUGGUCAUGCCCCCUGCGGGAGUGUUCUACCCGGCUCUGUUCGCCACCGACCCCGUCAGCGUGGACCGCCUCAGCUACAUCAUGUACAGGUACAAGAAGAAUCUGACCUCUGCUAAGUGUCAACAACAGGAGACCAAGCAGGCGUUUCACAUCAGCAGGCAGACGUGCCAGGAGUUUAACCACUACCUGCUCUUCAUGGUGAGCUGCCUGUGGAACUCCAAGAUGUUCCUGCCAGGCACGGCCAUCGAGGUAGACCAGGAGCUCUUGGUUCUCAGCAAAGUGCCCGAGCCCUGGACCAGCUUUGACCUCAACCACCACCCUGCCUUCCUGGGCUGUGCCCUCGAAUUUCACCACAAGUGUUGGCCAGAGAGGAAGGACAUAGACUUCAAUUCCAUAAAGGCGGCGAAGCAGUGGACCUGGUACAUGGAGUUCCUCUUCUCUCAGGGCUUUCAGGGCCUCCAACAGUUUGCCCAAAGUAGCCUCAAACGCCGCUCUGCGGCUGGGAUCAGUGGCCAAACAGGCAGCCAGCCCACAAGCAGGUAAACGACAUGCCUAACGGGAGGAUGAAACAGAAAACACAAAAGACUCUGACACUUCUCCCUGUUGUAAAAUACUUGUACAUGUUGUAUCUAUUGCCGUAUUCUCCAAGGAAAGAUUCACAAGAGACUUGAGUGUCUUUGUCUCUGUAAAUAGCCACUAUUUCUAAUCCUGACGGCAUUUGAUUUAGUUUUGUCCAUAUUUGAAUUAUGCUUGGUGCUGUCUGUUUUUUCUAUAGCUUACCUAUCUAUAUAAUUUCAGUGCAACUUGCACAUGAAUAAGAAUACAUUUUAUCUCAUUUGUAUUUUUUGGGACAAAAGCAUCCCCCUGAUCUGUUAGUAAAUUGAAAAUGUGAAUAUCCUUUCUAUUAAAAACCAUUUGUAGAAUUGA